AUGUGCCUUAGCCGUAGUUAUUUUCUCUUCUUAUCAUUACAUUCUAGCUGCAUUCUCUGUUUAAUUAACGAACAUUUAUCCACCCUUGACAACAAUAAAAAAAUUCUUUCAUUUGGGGAGGAUUCAACAGACGCUGUCUAUCACGCUUUUGUUCAAAUUGGAUCAGAACUUCACUAUUUUCAAGAUAUUUCUUACCAAGACAGUAUUUUGUUGCCAAUUGUCACAAAUAAGAAGCUUGAUAGCCACGAUUUUACAAAGGAUAAUAAACAAAAAAUUAAAUUGUUUGAAGAGGAAAUGACGGACUUUGGAAUUACAACGUUUGGGGUAAGUUGA